GCAGCAGGCGCCCUGAGCGACUGCCGCUCGAGUUCGCGAACAGACCACCGACCGCCGCGUCUUUGCAAUUGUUGCGAUGAAGCAAUACAAGGAACAACUUGCAAUCUCGUAUAAUGCUAAAGUUACCCAAAGGCCUUAAAAAGAAGAAAAAGGGAAAAAAGUCGAAACGCAAAGGCGAGGAGGAACUUUUCACAGAAGAGGAGUUAGAAAAAUACAGAAGAGAACAUCAACAGCAACAAACAGAGAGUGGCGAAGGAUCAGUUAAGGAGAACGAAGAAUGGUCUAAGUUUAAAGAUCUAACAACUGGUGUCGAUUCUGUUCUAAAAAGAACGCAAGGUGACUUAGAUCGCAUAAAGUCGACUUCCUUCUUUCAACGCGUAGCACCAAAGGCAAAAGAAGUUAAACCAGAUCCCAAGAAAUCGGAGAGACCAGUAGUUGAAGUCACAGCAGCUGAUUUUCCACAGCUAGUACAAGCAGCUGCAGCUGCAGAGGUAGACAGUGGAGACAAAAGUGAUUACGGAGUAACAGACGACGAAUCUGAAGAAGAGGACCAAGACGAUAUAUUUGAUACUUCUUAUGUAGAGGCAGUCGAACGUGGUGAAGUAAAAUUAGCGUAUGUUCCUGAUUCACCCGAAGAAUUUCAGGACGAUGAUAUUUUCGAUACAUCUCACGUUGAUGCUAUAAUUAAAGGACAAGAAGUAAAAAGCUCAAAAGGUAAAAAGGCACUAGAUAUCGGUAUUGCAGUUGAAGUACUCACGGGUCGUAUUGACAACGUAACAGUUACAACAAGGAGGUCAAAAAGAGUUAUACCCGGAGAUUUACUGUUAGAAAAUACUGAAACAGAUCACACAGUUCCUUCGACUGAAAUUAAUACUGAACCCGCGGAAAAGAGUAUAUUAGACACAGAUGCAGACGUUCCUAUUACAUCUCCUAUAGAUCUCAGUGUUUCACUGCACACAUCAUUAAUACUACAAAAUAAAUCAAGUACUCAAGGGAGUUCUACAGUUGAGACAACAGAGAACGAACAAGCCACACGUGUAGAGGAGGAAAUAGAUGAGUUUACAUUACUAGCUGCAGAAUCUUUAGAAAGUAAUAUCGAAGCGACUAAAUUACAAGAAAAAGAAAUAAAUUUAGAGCCUGUUCUGCAAGAGUCAUGGUCAGCCUUUGAAGCAGAUAAGAAUGAUGCUGUGUUUGCAGAGUCUAUAGUUGAAGACCAGAUUGAUGUUAUAGACCCAUAUCUUGACGAUCCAUUUGAUACAAGUUUUGCUGACGUUGUAGUAUCAUCUGCAAUAAUAAAAAAAGAAGCUGUUAUUCUUGAAGACGACGACGACUUUGAUCCUAGAGCUGAAGAAGUACAAGUGAGAUUAAAUAAUAGACGGAAGUCAUCUGUUCGUAUCCAUUUAACGAACCCUUUGGGAUUAAGAGAAUCUAUAACUUCGGAUGAUAUUAUUGACAAAGAGCAUUCUCGAGAUUUACUUGGUGGUAGUACUACUGAUUUAACACAAUUAGGUGACUCGCCUUUAGAUCCUGUUGAUAUUAAUAAUACUGAAAUUGACCCCUUUGAUACUACAAUUGUAGAUAACAUUGUUGCACCCGGAAGGAUUGAAUUAAAACUAUUAGAACAAGAAUUAAUUGAACCACAACCUUCCCAAAUCUAUCGUGUUCCCAGUGAUCCAGAUUUUGAUCCACGGGCCGAAGAACCAAAGAAAGAAGAAAGACGUGCUUCUCGACCAGAAAAUUUAGUAGUAAGCAAAAGUGUGGUAUUUGACAUCGACACAGUUGAGGCUUUUGAUUUGGAUAGUAAAGGGAAAAUUGUGAAACCACUUACUCCAUACUAUACACGUGAAGUUUCCAUUACAGAGGACAUCAGUGAAGAAGCAGAGGCCAGUGAUACGGUUACGGAUAGUUUGACAAGGACUCGAUCUGAUGAAGAUUUAGCCCCGAAAAUUAAUUACCAAACUAAAAGGCGACACUCUGAGUAUCCACAGACUAGUCAUAUUAAAACUAAUUUAAAAUCUAGUGAUCCAUUUUACAGCGCUCAUAACGAAAUUGAGGCUAAAGUAUUGACUCCAUCGGACCCUCAACAGUCAAAGAACAAUAUUGAAACAGAUCCAUUUGAUACCUCGUUUGCUGGCGAUAUAGCACCGAGUAAAACUGAACUGAAAUUACUAGCCAAAGAAUUUUCUUGUGAGACCGACGAUAAUAAUCAAAUUGGAUCUGAUUUAUUAGAACCCACAGACGACAUAUUUCAAGUAAAAGCUCUCAGUCCUGAACCAUUAGGUCCUACUGAACUUCCAGAAGAAGAUUUUGAUCCAUUCGAUACAUCAUUUGCAAGUGAUUUGAAUCCAGGAAAAACUGAGCUAAAUAUGAAUGAACCAGCAGCACCUAUCAGUACUGAUGCCAUACUGAAUCCAUUUAUGAUGACAGAUACAGAACCUACUACAUAUGCUAAUGAUAACCCAUUUGCUGCAAGCAAUCCAUUUUCAGAUUUCGGAAAUAGCUAUGAACCUCCUCCAGGUGAUACAGUCCCAGCUGAUAUCUUCGGUAUAACGGAUCCAACUAGUAUAGGUGCAAAAGAGAGUAAUGAGUUCGCCGCUAAUACGUUUGAUAUUUUUUCUGAUCAUUCGAGUGUUUCUGAACGAAUGAUUAAACCCACUGAACUCGAGUUGACAUCAACAACUGUAGACCUUACAUAUCCGACUGAAGAUGAGUCGUUUACUCAGCAACACCCGUUACCACCAGAAACUCAAAAUUUAAUACUAACUGUCACUGGACAGAUGGAAUUUACGAGUUCGCACUUACUUGACCGUAUACCGCCAACGCGAACUCCUAGCCCAGUGUCAGUACGUGAUAUACACUCACCCAGUCCCACUCCAGAACCGGAAGCAGAACCCGAACCAGUAACCGAGAGUUUUGACAUAAAUCGAAAUAAACCCGCUCGACCUCCACCAGCUAGACCUCCACCUGUGGCACGUCCACCUCCACCAAGGCCAGCUCCGCCACCUGUGCCACAUACUCACCCAUCUCAGCAAACGCAACCGAAGCCUGUACAAUCGACAAUUGACGAUAUUAACCUUUUUGACGCGCCGGCACCAGCGGUAGUUAAACCUACAAAAGAAGCUAUACUGAGCUUAUAUUCAGUUCCUAAAAAAGAGGAGCAACCUAUUGAUUUUCUCAGCGACGAUAUUCUUGAUAGCGCUCCUACCGAGUCAAUAAUGGAGAUACAACCAUCCGCAUCUACUAUGGAUGCAAAUGACCUUAACUCUGUAAAAGAUUCUGUAAUCCCGGUGGUUACUGAAGUGCAAACUUCAGAAACUAUGAUAUCCACACCCGUAGAAGCAGUCGCUGCGCCAGAUGGUGCUAUGGAUUGCUCAGAACAUUCUCCAGAUAUUUCAACUACGACUGCAGUAAAUUCUCCAUUUGCUAAUAUUUUGGAGAAUACUAUACAACCAUGUCAGCAAAGUGGAGCUGAAAAGAAUCCAUUUGAAAUAUCUGCGAAUACGGAUUCUAACAUGUUUGAAGAAAGUCAAGCCGAUAUUUUUAAUGUUCAGACGGAUGAUAGUGUUAUGAAUAACAGCGUUGUAGGAACUACUUAUAGUAAUACUUUUGAUACAGCUCCUAAUGAAGUUGUAGGGGUUGCGUCAACUGAUAUAUUUGGUACAACGACAAAAGAUUCCUUUGGGAACAAUGACUUUGUAAAUCCGAAUACCUAUAUGGGAACUCAAGAGUUGCAUGAAGACCCUGGGUGGGGUGAUACGUCUGAAGCAAUGGUCCAAGAUGCGUUUCCAGAAUCUCAGGAUGCUUUCGAUGCGUUUUCAGCUAAAUUUGACUCUACUGCAGCUAAUCACAAGAAUACAGGUGCUUGGGGCGAUGAAGGUGGUUCAGAAGCUAUUGCAAGUGGUUUUGAAGCAGAAGCGUUUGAUCCAUUUUUGAGUAUGGGUGCGCCGCCUCCACCCGCUGCUACUCCACGGCUUGAUCAUCAAGGAUCGCGCGAGUCAACCGAUGAUACAUUCUCUGUAUUCAUCAGACCUAAAGAAACUGACGCCAGUGGGGAAGAGGCUACCGUGCCAGUUUUGGCCCCACCCCCUCGUCCCCAGGCGUUACCCGAAUCUCCACGUUACAAUCCUUUCGACAAGAGUGGCUUUGAAGGACAGCAUGUCACGGCAGAGGCACAAAAUCAAGUACCAGGCGAGGAUAGGCGUGGCUCUGGCAGCGGUGGAGAGACACCACCGACGCCUCUCUUUGACGAAGACGUGUCUAUGCCACUCGAAGACUUCCCAAGGACCACUUACAAAGGGCCAGGCUGGGAAAUGCAUUUACGUCAGCCUAACAAAAAGAAGAUAACUGGUCAGAGAUUUUGGAAGAAAGUCUUCGUGCGUGUCACGUACCAAGGUGACAAUCCGGUGGUCCAGCUGUUCAAUACCGCCGGUGACAAGGAACCAUUCCAGGAGUUGCCACUACAGGCGUGCUAUUCCGUGUCGGAAGUUGGUGCGCAGCAGUUCGACCAGUUCGGGAAGAUAUUUACUGUUAAACUGCAAUAUGUAUUCUACAAAGAAAGACCCGGUGUCAGGCCCGGGCAAGUGACAAAAGCUGAACGCAUUACAAAUAAACUGUCGCAAUUCGCGGCGUAUGCUAUCCAGGGCGACUACCAGGGUGUUAAGGAAUUCGGCAGCGAUCUUCGGAAACUGGGCUUACCUGUUGAGCAUGCACCACAGGUGUCUCAGCUAUUCAAGCUGGGAUCGCUCACCUAUGAAGACGUCAAGCAGUUCUCAUGCUGCAUCGAGGAGUCUCUCUUCAAGCUGUCGGCACACCGGGACCGCGCCCUCACCUAUAAAAUGGAAGAGGUACAAAUAACGGCGGUGGACGAGUUGUACGUAGAACAAGACGCUGAGGGGUCCGUACAGAAGCAGAUAGCGCGCGUGCGAUUGUUUUUCCUGGGUUUCCUCAGCGGUAUGCCGGACGUGGAACUGGGCGUGAACGAUCUCCGCCGCCAGGGUAAGGAGGUGGUGGGCCGCCACGACAUCAUCCCCGUGGUCACUGAAGAGUGGAUCCGAGUGGAAGACGCUCAGUUCCACGCCUGCGUCCAACCAGAGGAGUUUGACAACACGCAGAUUAUUAAGUUCAAGCCCCCGGACGCAUGCUAUAUAGAGCUUAUGCGCUUUCGAGUGCGCCCGCCCAAGAACAGGGAGUUGCCUCUGCAGCUGAAAGCUGUUUGGUGCGUCACCGGUAACAAGGUGGAGCUUCGCGCAGACGUGUUGGUACCGGGUUUUGCGUCUCGCAAAUUGGGCCAAGUGCCUUGCGAGGACGUCGCCAUCCGGUUCCCCAUACCAGAGUGCUGGAUCUACCUGUUCAGAGUCGAGAAGCACUUCCGAUACGGUUCCGUCAAGUCUGCACACAGGCGCACCGGGAAGAUAAAAGGCAUUGAACGUUUCCUGGGAGCGGUGGAUACCCUGCAGGAGUCUCUCAUAGAGGUCACCUCCGGGCAGGCCAAGUACGAGCAUCAGCAUCGCGCUAUAGUCUGGAGGAUGCCGAGGUUACCCAAGGAGGGCCAAGGAGCGUACACAACACACAACCUCGUGUGUCGGAUGGCGCUGACAUCGUACGACCAGAUCCCGGCGGAACUGGCACGAUACGCGCUGGUAGAGUUUACGAUGCCGGCGACGCAGGUCAGCCACAUGACCGUCCGGUCCGUGUCACUGCAGCAGCACGACGGUGACCCGCCCGAGAAGUACGUGCGGUAUCUCGCACGGCACGAAUACAUAGUGGGCAUCGAGAGGACGUCGGGGCAGGCGGCUCCUGCGUACGCGGUGGCUGCUUCCGCAGACUCACGGCCCUGCGCCCCCGCCGCCCCCGCGCCCGCACCAGCCCCCGCACCCCCGCAGCCACCCUCGUCAGACUCCGACUCGGAUUAAAUCAGCCCCCGCUUACAUUGUAUAUACAUCAUCAAAUCAUCGUGUUCCAUAUUUAUUGUAAUCAUAAGAUGCAUCGGACGAUAUCCCACCGACCGUUGUGGUAACGUAUUUUGUUAAAGGCCUUUUAACCGCCAGUUAGGUUAGGACCCUUAAGAACUACGUUACGAUUGAGUAUAUGUAUGUCUAAGGAGUAAGUUAGUUGACAUUCAAUACUGUUUUUGAAAGUCUAUUGGGAAUAUAUACUUUUGCAAUAAUUUAUUAGUUAGUUUGUGCGCACAAAAUAUUUAGCUUCCAGAAUUCCUAUCCGGGUAUAUUACACUAUCAUUCAUAAAUGGCUAAAUUGUACUAAAUACACUAUACUCUAAGCGCUGGAUUAUGCCGCAAAUGUCAACAUAUAUUGAUAUUUUACUAUAAAGGAACUCUAUUUAGUAACAUGAUAUUUGUAAUUAAAGAUAAGACAUGAUGUUAAUAUUGAGUAUAAUUAAAUAUACGAUGGUGUAACAUACCCUUACUCAUGUGUGAAACCUACAGUGGAAAGUUGUCUAACUACUUCAAGAGGUACCGGCACAAUAGCGUAUGAAUGGAAUAGGACAAUAACCCCUCAUCAAAUUAAUUUAAUAUAGGUACUGUACUAUUAGAUAUGGUGUUUACAUCGCAACCAGCGGCAUUUGGUGUGCCUCAUUAUUUAUCUCAUUAACUACAAUUCAUUAUCUCCCUCUUAAAUACAGCGCUUUCAUUUAUUACAUACAAAAAUAACAUAUCGACGGAAGAAAGCGAAAUUCCCGUAAAUUGAAAAACCAACUUUAUAUUACAACCAAAAAGCUAUUUCAAAAAUUCAUAACUCAUAUAUUUAUUGAGAUAAAAUGUUGAAAAUUGUUUAAAUAGAUACCAAAUUUCAACAUUGAAUCUCGAUACUCAACUCAAUCAAAAAGAAUUUUUGUAAAGUUGAGUUUUUCAAGUUACGACAAAUCCACUUUCAUUCAGCGAUAUUACUAUGAAUUUAUAGAUUUGAUUAAAUUCUCUAUUUUAUGUAAAAUGUUUAAUAUAUAUACAGUCUGCAUAGGUCAGUAGAAAGUGUGAGUAUUGCUUUAAGAAGUGGCAGUAUUCAGUGUAAAUGCGACGCAUUGAGUCAUAACAAAGUUGUGGAAGCGGCAAUCCAAGCCAGCAAUGAAUUCUGGAGACGGUAAAUUGUCCAGGCACUGAGCUGUAAGAGAGUUGAAUUGUGCAACCGUUGAGUUCUAAGGACGAUGAACCCUACAAUUGCGUAGUUGUAAAGAUAGCGCAAGCACUGAGCUAUGGGAGCGACAAACAUUAAAACUGCUGAGUUGUAAGGAUAGCGUAAGCACUGAGUUAUUAGAGCGAUAAAUAUUACAACUGAUUGUAAGGAUAGCGUAAGCACUGAGUUAUGGGAGCGAUAAACAUUAAAACUGCUGAGUUGUGAGAACAGUGUAAGCACUGAGUUAUAGAAGCGAGGAACAUUACAAGCCGCUGAGUUGUAAGAACUGCUCAAGCGCUGAGUUAUGGGAGUGAUGAGCCGUACGACCGCUGAUUUGUAUGAGUAACGUAAGCAUUGAGUUGUGGGAGCUAUGCAUGGUAGAUGCGCUGAAUUGUGAAAGUGGUGAUCGAAGCCAGUGCUGAGCUAUAGAAGUGGCGUACCGUCCAAGCUCUGAGCUGUGGGAGCGGUGAGUUAUGAAAGAUUCUGAAUGACAAACGUUGCGGUAACUAAGACUAUAAUUCUUUAAUUUCAAUACAUAUUAUGCGAUUGUGAUAUCAUCACCAGUAGUUUAUCACGUGUAUAAUAAAUAUUAGUGGUUUAAUUAAUAAAUCAAAAUGCAUAUAAUAUAUAUUAAAAUAUAUGUAAUUAUAAUGAUUUAUGUUAUUAAAUGUUUCAUAAAAUAUUUGGUAUCAUAAAUUAUGUAAUAAAUAUCAUAGGUUAAAUCUACGGUCGUGGUGACGAGUUGUAAUAGAAAUAGAGAUCAUGUCUAGUGAUGCUUGUAGACGCGACAUAUACUGUUGUACUUAAUACUGAUGUUAAACUGAUAUUAACCAGCGAAUUAUAUAAACUUAUAAAGUGAUCAGAAAUAUAAAAAAAAAAACUAGUAAUGUAGUUGCAAUAUUAAUUAUAGAGAUGUGUAUUGUAAAAACUCAAGAAUAAUACCCGUUGCUUGUAACUUUGAUAGUGUAUCGCUCGUUGAUAUUUUUGAAUCCAAUAAUAAAUGUCGAAUACAUUAUUGUUGUCAAAUGAAAAUGUAAAAUUUAGAUCAUAUCGUCCCUGAUGUUAAGGAUAGAGCAGUGCGUAGAGGUAAUAAUGUAUAAGUGUACCCAGGGUUUGUCGGUAAGGGUACUAACCAACCUAAAACUCAGUGGAAGCAUGUGUUAACAACUUUCUCUACAGUGGAUGGUAAAACAAAAAUAAUAUCUGUAUCUUUCAUACAAACUGCGAAUAUUUACAUAAAUAUAGUGUAUGAAAGCUUCAGAAAUUAUUUAUGCUUAUAUAUAAUAUAUUCGGACUAUGUUUUGUGAGUUUUUGGCGUACUACUGAGUUUAGAGUUGGUAUAGCCAUUGUGACUAUUCUAUAUUAUAUACAUAUAAAUGGAUAUACAUAUAUCUUAUAAUAUAUAAUUAUACAAACUAAGACCACACAAUGAAUCUAAUGACAUAUUUAGAUACCUACUUACUACAAUAAAUAAUUAUAAUGCAAGAAUAAAUUAUAUUUAUUGAUCAACAUGUAAUCAUAUUAAGGACUUACGAAAUGUUUAGCUCUGUUUGAGAUGUGUUGCAUGUACCUAGUACUACGCAGUGGACCUCAUGUUUUGUUGUUAAUAAAAUUAUUA